UUCUGGGGGCUGGGUGGGGGCGCCACGGCAGAGGGAACAGGGUCCUGGCAGAACGAACCGGCCAGGCUAGGGUGUUGAGGGCCACCUGGAGGUCCGGGAGACAGCAGACAGAGGCCGCCGGGGGGACUGGAACCCAGGAGCAGGGGCCCGGGAGAAGAUGGCUGACGCGGCCAGGGCACCCAGGAAGGACGGCAGGACCAAGGAGAUGCAGCUCCUGCGGCGGCAGGUGGCCGGGCUCCAGACGCAGCUCCGGCAGCACGAGGCGCGGUGGUGCAGGGCGCACAGCAGGCUGCAGGGCCAGAUCGAUGCACUGCUGAGACAGAACCUGCAGCUCCGCAGCGAGCUGAGGGCUUCCGGGCUGCAGCGGCUGGACGCCCACGGGGACUCCGUGGGACGCACGGGGGACCCUCCGGUACCAGAGACGGCACCGGACUGUACUUUUGGAAACGAUUCGCCACCAUUGGCCGAAGAAGAAAUGAAGCCAAGACGCUCGGGCGGCAGGAGCCGCAGCGCCCCCAUCCCCGGGCAGAGACCGUGGUCCAAAGCUUCGCCUUCUGCAAAGCCAGGAAGUGUGAAGACGGACAGAGUCCGCUCAGAGACUGCACCGCGGCGAGGGAGAGGGAAAGCUGUGGCCUCAGACGCUCCGGACGCAAGACCGGCUGCCUUUGAAGGGAGGCUGGAUGCACGUGAGGCUGACCAGGCUGCCCCUGAGGGCUCCCGCAGUCUGCAGACACAGCGCGGCAGGACAUGGGCAGCGCCAGCUCCUGGGGAGGCUGCGCCCGAGGAGGAGGGGCCCGCGGGAGGCCGGCCUGGGCCACCACCAGCUGCCACUGUGGGUCCCAGGGGCCGGCUUCCCGCCUGCGUCCACCCCGACGGGCGCACCUGCUCUGUCCCAGACCCUGCCGAGCCACAGGAUCUUCCUGGAAAGGGAGCGUCUUCCCAGGUAGCCGAGCACCACACGGGCGCUACCAGCGGCAAAGGGGAUGCACAGGGAACACAACACCCGCAUGACAAGGUGGAGCAGACGCUGGGCGAUGGCCGGACAGUCGUCACCUUCCCUGACGGGACCCAGAAGGAGACCAGCGCCGAUGGGCGGACCACCGUCAUCAGGUUUUUUAACGGAGAUGUGAAGACCAUCAAGCCGGACCGGAAGGUGGUCUAUUACUACGCGGAGGCGGGGACGACACACACGACCUACCCCAGCGGGCUGGAGGUGCUGCAGUUCCCCAACAAGCAGAGAGAGACGCUGCACCCCGACGGCUCCAGGGAGAUCCUGUUUCCAGAUGGGACGGUGAAGCGGCUUAGGGACGGCCAGCAGGAGACCUUGUACCCCGACGGCACCACCGUGACCGUGAGGAGGAACGGCGACAGGACCAUCGUGUUCAGCAACGGGCAGAGGGAGAUCCACACGGCGCAGUUCAAGCGCAGGGACUUCCCCGACGGCUCGGUGAAGACCGUGUACGCCAACGGCCGCCAGGAGACCAAGUACGCGUGCGGGAGGGUGCGGAUCAAGGACGAGACGGGAGGCACCAUCCUGGACCACAGGGCAGCGGGUCCCUGAGCACAGCCAGGUUUCUUAGAAAACACAGAGGCAAACGGGCGUCCCAGUGAUGUGUGUACUAAAAAGGAGAGUUCCCAAGACCCAGGAGGAGAGGAGUCAUUUCUCGACCGUUGUCGCGUCGACGUGGUGUGAGCUGGUUGUCAGCUGAGCCCGUGUGCUCUGGGAGGCGUCAGACCUCAUCCUUCAGCGCCAGGGUGCUUCGCGCUGGAAUACGCCCUGCACACAAGGUAGUGCUCAGGGCUGGGCAGUCCCGGAGGGAACCAGAAUGAUGGGCUGCCUUGGCUUCGAAGGGAAAAGACAAACCCAGACGCCCACUGCAGUGACCCCGGGCAGAGGCCUGGUCUUCCCGGGGCCAUCCCAGACCUCGCGAAGCCGCCUUCAGCCCAGCUCCAGGGCCUCGCCCUUGCCUGCCGUCCUCACGGGACGUCCUGGGCUCGCCCUUGUCUGCGUCCUCACGGGACACCGCCUCGUCCAGAGACCAGGCCCAGCUCAGGGAGAGGCAGUGCCGGGUGCCGCAGAGGGAGCUGCUGCAGGCCGGGCUGCUGGCUGGGCUGCUCCUCGGGCUGGUUCAGUCCCUGCCGCAGCCUCCGGUCAGCGCUGGAUCCACACUGCAGCCUGGGGCGCCUGCCCCCAUGCGUCCAGGGACCAGGCUGCACACGGUAACAGCCACGCUUCCCUCCCACUGCACAGCCUCACGUGGUGCCGCCUCCCCUCACCAGCGUGCCCCGCUCGGCUGCCUCGGGAGAAGGCACCACCUCGUCACGUCUUCUCUCUCUCUCGUUCUCGCAGACGUGCGGUCACAGGGACAGGGUUUGCAGUCACACAGUUCACAAGGCCGAGGGUAAGGAUCAUUGUAGACUUGCCCCUGCAGCGACUCCUAUUGGCCUGAAAGGUGAUAAGAACAAAAAGUGCAUGUCAAAUAAAAGCAACUGAAGGUUGAGAGAGAACAAGAGAGCCAGGGAGAGAG